AAGGCAGACGGCUGCAAUUCCACAACGAGCAUUUCACGAUGAUGGAAACAAUAAUCGUGUACUAGUACACACUUGGACCAUUUGGUCAUCCCUAUUCUAGCCGCUAGUCCGUCCAGCAAGCAGAUAUUGACUAUUACGAUAAGUACAACUGCGUGAACGAGGGCUCACCAAGCAAAUUCAAUUCAAGACGUGACUCCAGUCAAGAAUUAGGGUCUUUACUCGAGAACUUCACAAAUACAGGUCAAGGCACCCCACAAAACUGAUAGAUGGCACGAACGAAAGACAAAUAGGCUAGACAAAGUGUCCCAAGUGAUUGAAAACAGCAGAUCUACCAAAUAAGACAGCUACAUGUGCCUAAACAACGAUUCCCAUACAGUCCGAAGUAGUAUCAGGCAGAAUGAAAGCCUUGGAAGUGCACAAAUACAGCCAUGACCGCCACAAAAAUUGGACGACCGCCACAAAAAAAUUCUCAUUGCUCUACCUCCUUGAAGGGUGAAAGUUACCAGUUAUCCUAUAGCGAUGUCAGUUUAUGCCUGUUGGAACCCCCCACAGCCCGCACGAAAUACCUUUCAAAUAAUUCCAGGAUGCAAUUGCAGCUCCAGACAGGACGAAGAAGAACACCGUGAAAAAUAACGGCAACGAUGCCCAAACUCUCGGGAAACGGCUGAAGUCUUCCUGAAGAUGUUAACAUUGAAUAGCCAUCGAUUACCAGCGUGGUUUGGUGACUUUAGAACUGUUUUGAGACUUAGAACGAAGCGAUAUCUCAAAUUUGAUGGAAUUGUUACCUGUCAAAUGCGUGGGCGAGCAGGCCAGCUGACUGGUUAUGCAUGAACAUGCAUGAGCAUGCAUUGAUUUUUCAGGGUUCACGUGCAGAAAACUAAGUUGCCGCGAUCCAAGUGCAGCUAACAGCCGUGACAUGUCACUACGUUUCAAGUUCGGAAAUAUCUGAAGCGCCUGAAAUGUGGAAAGUCUCCCGGCUCAGAUGGGAUCCCGAAUGAAGUGCUGCAGUCUCUUGCACCAUCAAUAGCCUAUCCUCUCGCCAUUAUUUUUUUUAAAUAUGUCAUUUCGAACUGGUACAUUCCCACAGGAUUGGAAAUCCGCCAUCGUGACACCGCUUUACAAGAAUAAAGGCUCCCGUGCUUGCCCGGCAAACUACCGCCCCAUCUCUCUGCUGCGCACAGUUUCCAAACUUUGUGAGCGUAUUGUAUUCGAUUCCCUCUACCUGCACAUCGCUCCGGCUCUCUCACCAGCUCAGUCGGGAUUCUGCCGUGGUGACUCAACUCAAUACCAGGUGACUCGACUUGUCCAAGACAUAGCGACAAAGAGGAACUGUGGGGAGCACGUGGGAAUGGUGUUUUUCGACUUGGCUAAGGCAUUCGACACCGUUUGGCAUCGUGGCUUACUUGCCAAGUUGGAGGUCACCUUCCGGGUGGAGGAUGCUGCCUUGCGUUGGAUAUCCUCGUAUCUGUCUGCUCGUUCUCAGGCUGUUCGCUUGUCCUAUUUCUUGUCUGAUCCCCUCCCUGUAACGUCUGGAGUGCCCCAAGGUUCCAUUCUGGGUCCUUUGUUAUUCUUGCUUUACGUUAAUGACCUACCUUCAGUUGUCCCCGAUGUUAGUUUGUAUGCGGAUGACACUGGCCUUAUCUGUUCUGAUUCCUCCCCUGCACAAUUACUCUUUACCAUGCAGCAUCGCAUCAACAGCACUGUCAUGUGGAUGCAAACGUGGAAACUCCAGCCCAAUAUAGACAAGACAGAAGCCAUGUAUAUUUCUUCAUCCCCUCCUGAUCAACCAUUAUACUUCCCUGACUCGACUAUGCCUAUCCGUGUUGUUACUCAGCACAAACAUCUAGGUGUGAUGUUUGACUGCAAACUCUCUUGGGCUGCACAUGUCAACUGUGUAUGCAAGCGAACCAGUUCAGCAUAAGGGGUACUACAACCACAUUGCACUCAUUUGCCCAUCCAGCGUAAACUAUUAUUUUAUCAGUGCUAUAUUCUCCCUAUAUUCGACUAUUGCGAUACCGCUUGGUGUGGCCUUUCUGACACAACUCUGAACCAAUUAGAAGUCCACCAUAGAUUUACACUUAAAAUUCUUUACAACAAGGAUCGAUGUUUUCCUUCGGAUGCCCUUUAUCGACUUGCACACACUUCUCCUCUCUCCGUUCGUCAUAAGCACCAUCUCUGUACACUGGUUCAUAAAAUAUUUCUUCAUAAAACCCCUUCACACAUGAUGAAGUACAAUUGGUUUUCGACAAACUCAACCCGUAACGCGCUCAUCCUGCCUCUUGUUAAUGGCACAAGGAUUCAGAGAAUCCUUCAGUAGUCUAGACAUUUGUCUUCACCAUGCGGUCUGGCCUUUCGGUGUUCUUUUGCAAUGAAUAAUAACAGGGUAGUCUGUGUAGUUUUCCUGUGGAUUCCCGGUGGAUUUUAGAAUUGAGAUGUGCUAGACGCAUCAGAAUUCAGAGAUUGUGUAGGUACUGGAACGAAUCGAGCAAAAACGGAUGGGCUCGUGCGAGAAAUUGAGAGUUUGAAUGCAUGCUUUCAGAGCGUGAUGAAGGCAAGUAACUUAGUUACGUAAUCAUGGUAAUGAAGGCGCCUAGGCAGCGCGCCACGCGUACGCAUGCACCCAUAAUCACAGUUGCAUACUCUUGCCGUUAUGGACUCUUGGUAGUAGUACUAGUAGUCUACAGUCAGUACAGACUAGAAUUAGCGCCUUGUGGUGACAAGGUGACUCAUUUUCGGAUUUUCUUCAAUCUCUCCCGGCCCUGCCUUUGGCCCUUUGGCGUUUGUAAAAAUAAUGUAGUUCAAUUAGUCAUGUACAUGAUCACUGUAGAAACAGUUUUUUUCUCUUUCAGAUACUGAUAGUAAAAGCAAGUAUUCAUUUUACCCAUAGUAUUAGCGACCUAGAUAAGUUUACUGCUGCUCCAUUUCGAUAGCACGGAUACAACGUCAGUCGUGUUGAGUGCUGUGAAGAAAGCGGUCAUGUGGUGCCGCAAUCCAGUGUUUCUACCUAGCGACGAGGUUGGCGAUGAACGCGAUCAGCUACAAGAUGUUGAACAGCGCAAAGCUGAAUGUGCCGCUAACUCUUCAAAGCAAGAGUCGGACGAACAGGACGAAGUGGCCGCAUCGGGUGGGACUGAGCCCCAAGCUGAAAGGCGACCGAGUCAGGACAGUACGAAUGUGGUGAAACCCCAGUUUGCAUUGGCCAACAAGGAUAGAAAGAACCUCUGGGCGAAAAAGAAGUCCGAGGCUAUAAAAGUGUACUUUACUGAAGAUCAUCCGAAACGUGAUCGAGUGCUACCCAUUGCCAGCGAAUGGAGCCAACAUUGUAGUAUUUCAUUCGUUGAAGUGACAGAUCGAAGCGACUCGGAAGUGCGAGUGUCUUUCAAGGAAAAGGAGGGCUCGUACUCCCGUGUGGGGACGGAUGCACUGAGGAUUCCUAAAGAUGAGUGCACGAUGAACCUUGCUGUGAUUGACAAGUCAACUGUACUCCACGAAUUUGGUCACGUGCUUGGUCUACUGCACGAACACCAGUCACCCAUCAAGGGCAUUGUGCUCUGGAACGUGCCCAAGGUGAUGGCAGAGUUCACGGGGUCACCAAACUACUGGGAUGAGGAGCAGAUCCAGAGACAAAUCCUGGAACCGUUCAAGGCGGAUGAUGUUACAGGCUCUACAUACGACAUGCAGUCCAUCAUGCACUAUAGAUUUCCUAAAGGGUUGAUAUUGAGCAUUGAUGGGAGGCCGACACAGGAUUCUGAUUUUCCCGUGAUAUCAGAGCUUUCACCGACGGACAAACUCGUUGUGAGGAAACUCUACGGUCCUCCUGGCACAAAGCCAGCACCACCAAAGGAAGAACCGCAGACUCUGCCUGAAGAUGCUGACAAGUCAAAGAAUCACAUCAGCCCUGGAGAGGAAAUGAAAUUCACGUUCACAAGUGAUCCAAAAGAAAAAAGAAAGUACACAAUCGAGACGACUGGCGAUGAAGCUGACCUGGCACUCACCCUGUAUGGUCCUGACAUUGAAACACGUUUCAUCGCUGCAGCCACUGAUGGUGGUGAGGAUGGUAACCCGCGUGUUGUGCACCCUCUUCUCCCCGCCAAGACCUACUAUAUUGUGAUCAGGGCCUUUGCCAAAGGCGGAGCGUUUGCGCUGAGGAUAUCGACGGUUUUUCUAAAUAUCAAAGAUUGUACGAACUUAGACGUUGCGACUUCGGCGGCUAUCAACAUGAAGUCAGUCAAGUCAGUCAAGUGUCAAGUUCGGCAAGAAGCGUGUGUUUCUAGUUGGAACAAUCAACUUCAUCAAAUAUUGUAUUAUUUAUUUUAUGGCUCAAAUCUGAGUCAAAGGUUAUUCUAGUACUUGAAAUAGGUAUAUUCAAAAAGAUUUUUCCAGAUCUUUUGUUGACAGUAGACCAAGAGUGCUGUCCAGCGCUGUGGAGAUUUUCCUAGUACACCGUUGGUCGUGUAGUUGCAGCAUAGCUGAGGUGACCGACUGGGUUUACUGUGUUUGCCUUGACGAAUGAGUCUUGCCGCCAGUA